CAGGAGAAGCAGACUGGGAGGACAUUUCUAGGCAGGCGCGUCUGAGCCGUGAGGGCUCCUUCAAUCCGCCACCAUGAAUUACCUCACCGUGCCCGCCAUGUCCUCUGUGCCUCAGAUGGAGAAAAUGAUGCCGGAGCAGGGCCAAGGCCAGGGUGCAGGCGCCGGAGUGCCUGGGACUGCCUUUUCUGGCCUUGGGCCUGGGAAUUUACCCUCACCCCACCCAGAGCCUUCCAUGGUCCUGGCCGUCAGCUCCAUGUCGCCCUUCAUGAGAGGGUCCAGGAGAUACAGCAGCAAGAGCAGCAGGCGGUCGAGGCAAGGAUCCAAAACUAUGGAGAAAUUGUUGCCGACCCAGGAGCAGGGCCAAGCCCAGGGUGCAGGCGCCGGAGUGCCUGGGACUCCCUAUUCCGGCCUUGGGCCUGGGUACUUACCCUCACCCCACCCAGAUCCUUCCACGGUCCUGGCCGUCAGCUCCGUGUCGCACGCCUUGGGAGGGUCUAGACACCACCGGAGGAGAUUCAGCAAUCACCACGCUCUAUCCAACUCAACUAUCCAGGCCCUUGUUGCAGGCGACAACCUCAUGCGGUCUGAGAAACUGGGUGAGGGGAAUGGCUGCCUCCUCUGCCCUCACCCUCAAACGAUUCUUCCUCCCUCUCUAACUCUAGCAAAGCCCACCCGCCAUCAUCGCAAAAGGAAGCACAGAAGAAUGACUCUGAAAGAGAUGGUGGUGUAUGCCUGGCAGAAGAUCCACCCACACCUCGUCUUGCUGCGGAAGAUCAUCUACGACUUGACUCAGUCUUUCAUCUUUGACUUCAUAAUCUGCUCGGUGGUUGCCCUCAACACCUUAUUGCUGGUGGCUCAAACGUUUGCGGUGGUCGAAAUUCGGGGAGAAUGGUUCUUUGCUGCCAUGGAUCCUGCCUUCCUUUCUGUCUACGUGUUAGAGGCCAUCCUCAAGCUCAUUGCGUUGGGCUGUGACUAUUUCCACGACCCGUGGAAUGACAUUGAUUUCUUCAUUAUGUGCAUGACGGUGCUGGAUUUUCUGCUUCCCUUGCUCAUCAGAACGGGCAACCGCAGCAACACACUCACACUCUUCCGGGUCCUCAAAAUCUGCAAGGCCGUCCGUGCUAUCCGUGCCAUCCGCUUCCUGCUCACACUCCGGGUGAUGGAGAACCUCCAGGAAGUCACAAGCACUUUUAUGCUUUCCUGCCAGUCCAUCGGAGCCAUUAUUCUCCUCAUGUUCUCUUUCCUCUUCAUGUCUUCCGUGGUGCUGCGUGACAUGUUCCAGGAAGCUGACGAAAAACACUUCGGAGACCUCUUCAACACCAUCUUCACACUUUUCCAGCUCUUCACUUUGGAUGACUGGUCCCUCAUCUACCUUACCUGUCAAGCUGCAGGUUCCUGGUACAUCAUCAUCUUCCUGAUUAUCUACAUCCUUGUGGAGUACUUCUUCCUUCUCAACCUGGUGAUUGCGGUCCUGGUUGACAACUUCCAGAUGGCUUUGGUGAAGCGUCAAGAGCUCAAGAGGCAAAAGAAGUGGGUCGAACUGAAGGAGAGCAGUGUGGCAGAGGAUGCUUUUGUCAAAGUAGCAGAUAAGCCCCAAGCAAAAGAGGAAAAGGAGGAGGAAUUAUUCAGAAAAACAGUCAUGGGAAAAUAUGGCAGCCUCGAGUUGAUGGACAGAGAGUGGGAAUAUCUCUACUUCUAUUUUCGACUAAUGACAGCAAUUGAGACAAACCAGCAGCAGUUCCAGUCUCAGGCGGCCACCACUGACAAGAUCUUAGACACUUUCUUUGAGACAGCUGAACAUGAUUACCUUUCCAAAUGAAGAUGUUUGCAUGGUGUUCCCAAACUAGACUUCACCUGCUCCUGGAGGCUUCAGUUAAAGGGUCAACAUAGCUUGACGUUUUAUUGAUUUCUCACUUGUUUUAUACAUUAUGUUAUGUUUAUUAAAUGACUUUUCAUCUAUCUGU